AUGUCUACAAGUACCGUAGUUAUAGGGAGCGUUAGUCUAUAUACAACGGUGGCAGAUUGCUGCAUAGACGUAGAUGAUUGAAUAAGGAAUUUUAUGUCCAAUGCUGCUAGCAAUGAAAAAAAGGUUAUAGGCCUUUACACUGAGUGGACUUUUGUCCAUGAUUCAUUAGAUUCCGAUUCAGAAACUCCAUCAAAAACCAAAGUUGCAAUUUUAACUCUAUGUGAUGGCGAUUGCUGCCUUAUUGUUCAGCUUCCUUACUUGGAUUCAGCGCCGCGGUCGCUCCUCAAUUUUCUUCGUCUACCGGAUUAUACUUUUGUGGGGAUUGGGAUCAAGGAAAAUAUAGCCAAGUUGGAGAAGGAGUAUGGUUUUGGUUGCAAGAACUCUUUUGAUUUGGGGGAUUUGGCUGGAAAUGUUAUGCGGCAACCUCACCUUGCUGCUUGUGGGGUUGAUGAACUGGCUCUUGAGCUUAAUUUGUUGAAGCUUCAGAAGCCUACAAGUGCGGUUUUUAACGACUGGUGUAAUAAUAAACUCAACAAAAAACAGGUUAAGCUGGCUACAUUAAAUGUUUACGCUUAUUUUGAAACUGGGAACAAGUUGUUGGGGGCUGGUGAUUCUAGCAGCUAG